AUGUCUGUGUUGAUUGAUGAUAAACAAAAUGGCCUCGACAAUCCUGCAGAACCAACGUCUUUGUUAUGCAAGACUGAUUCUUCUACAAAACUGGACGUGGCUGGAAGCGUUAUGGAUGGUCUAGCUGAAGAUCUGAAUGUUGCGAGGUACACAGUAUACAAAUCUAGAUGGGUGAUGUUAACUUUCUUUGUGAUGUACUCGGCUUCAAACUCCCUCCAAUGGACACAGUAUACUAUUAUUCAAGAUAUAGUGGUCACCUACUACAGUGUACCGAGCACCUUAGUAUCGUGGACUUCCAUGGUGUACAUGAUCACGUACGUGCCGCUGAUAUUUCCCGCCAGCUGGCUGCUAGACAAAACGGUAAGUUUUUAUUGA